UAGUAAUGUAUAUUAUUAUAGGAUUGGAUGAAAACUAUGUAAAUGUUAUAAUUUAUGUUAUAAAAUCCAAGUUACUUACACUAGAAACAAAUUCUCUUGAUGGUAUCAUUCGAAGUUAUUCAAGAAAAUAAGAAAUCGCAAUAUCAUGAAGCGCAAUUACGUUAAGACGAUGUUAUCAUUGGCCUUUCAUAAAAUUGGUCACAACAUUGGCCGGUAUCCACAGGUUUAUAUAACGUUAACAAUACUGGCGACAGUUGUUCUUGGUUCGGGAUUUUAUAAAAUAACAAUAAAGAAGAAUUACGAAUAUCUUUUUACCCGUAAUGAAUCAAGAGUUAAGAUGGAGCGCCAGUAUAUAGAGAGCAAGUUCUCGAUUGACAUACCAACUGGUGAAGAUAUCUUCAGGGUGACAAGAUAUAAGGAAUUCGGUUCUAUUAUCAUCUUACCUAAAAAUAAAUCUUACAUAGACAGAUAUGCAAUGGACGACAUUAUGAAACUGGAUAAAGUCGUGAGGAAUAUCAGUUUUUAUUGGAAAAAUCGUUUCGUUGGAUUUCACGACCUCUUUCAUAAAUCGGUCGAUAAGUACACCCGUGAUAUGAUUUUAUUUUUUAGAAAAAAUAUUAAAAAAAUCGAAGAAGGAAGAGUCUCUAUUAAAUUUCCUAUCGAAAUCAAGAACUUUAGGCUGAAUGCCUACGCUCUAAAUCUUGGAGGUGUUAACACAACAGAAACGAGUUCGGUGAGAAAAUUUAAGUCAUUUCGACUGACUUACAUGAUGAGAAAUGAUAACGAAGAGGCGAAUAGCUUCGGUGUAAAAUGGGAAGAGAAUUUUGUUAAAAUUUUAAAAAACUUGCAAUUUAAUAGCAUUGAUUUUUACUUGAUGACUUCGCAGACGUACGAAGACGAAGCGAAUUUAAACACGUUACUGAGCAUACCUUUAUCAUUUAUAUUUAUGCCAUUAACACUACUAUUUGCAGUAUUGUCUUGUGUUUCCUCUGAUGUCAUUACUAGCAAGCCAUUAAUAGGCAUAGCAACGUGCAUUAGUCCAGUAUGCGGAUGCAUAUCAGCUUCCGGAUUGUUGUCGUGGUGCAAUGUGGAAUACGUCGACAUUAAUUUAUGCAUUAACUUCUUGAUUUUAGGUAUCGGAAUUAAUGAUUCAUUUUCCCUGCUCGCUUCUUGGAAAAGAACAAACAGAGAAGAUUCGGUACAGAAGAGAAUGGCUGAGACGUAUUCGUCAAUUGGACCAGCCAUUACUCUUGCUUCUUUAACAAAUUUUUUAGUAUUUUCUAUUGGUGCGAUUGCCCCUCACAAAAUCGUUCAAAUUUUCAGCUUAUAUAGCUUAUUAGCGAUAUUAUUAAAUUAUAUUUAUCAGAUUUUUCUCUUUGGAGGAUUUAUGGCUAUUGAUGGAUAUAGAGAAAAACAUAAUCUACAUUGUUUAUUAUUGACUUCUGUUAAUAGAGAAAUAUCAGGAAAGGGAUCUUGUCAACAGAAGAAAAAUGACAGAACGAAUGACGACGUUAUAAUAUCAUUUCUUGGAAACAAGAUUGUCAAAGCAAGUUCAAUGUUCAUAUUUAUUUUUUAUAUACCAUUCUCCAUAUAUUUUCUAAUGAACGUCAAAGAAAAUUUAAAUUGGUUAAACGUUUAUCCACGAGACUCGAUGACGUUUAAAUAUUUAUCAGCUCAUUAUAAAUAUUACACUCAAUAUCCUCAUGUAAUACAAAUAAUUUUUAACGAGACAUUAGAUUAUUCUGAUCCAAAUGUGCAGAGUGAUCUUGAUGAAAUUCUGUAUGAAUUUCAAUCCUCUUUUUUUGUAUCAAAUGUUUCCGUAUGCUGGUUUAAGGAAUAUACAGCAGUUUAUAAGGAUCCAAACUCUAAUUACAUACUAAAGGAUUAUAAUAUUUCGAAUUCUAAAGAAUUUUUAGAAGGUUUAAAAAAUGUAUUCUUGAAAUUUAAACUCUCUCAGCCAUUCACUGACGAUAUAUUAUUUAAUGAUAACAGGGAUGAGAUCCUUGCAUCCAGAUGCUAUAUUUUAUCUCGAAACGUUAAAGAUUCAAGGGACGAAAAGAUUUUAUUGCAAAAUUUACAAGAAAUCUCACGUAAUUCAAAAUAUUCCGUCUUCACAUUUAACAGAUGGUUUCCAGUAUACGAAGAAUAUUUUGGAAUUCUUUUGCUAUGGAUUAAAAGUAUCGGCAUAACAGCAUUAAUAAUUACAAUUGUUUUCUCUUUAUUUAUGUUGGAUAUUAUCUAUGCAUUUUCAGCUGCAUUAACUGUAAUUACCAUACAAAUGGCCACAACUGGAUUUAUGGCAUUAUGGAAUGUUGAAUUAGAUUCAAUAACUACGAUCAUUUUACUCAUGAGUAGUGGGUAUUGUAUUGAUUUUUUGGCGCAUGUAAUGAACUGUUGUAAGAGUUGUAAAGAGAAAGAACACAAUGAAAGAAUUAAAGGAAUAAUGCAUAAUGUUGGAUAUGCAAUCUUUCAAAGUUUUGUAACUAUGCUUAUAGGAAUUUUGAUAUUUUAUUUUGGUCCUUCUGAUAUAUUUACAGUGUUUUCCAAAAUUAUAUUUUUAUUUAUGCUAUUUGCAUUUUUUCAAUGCUUAUUGUUAAUCCCUGUCAUUCUUACUAUUGGAGAAUCUGUACAAACAUUUUCAUGGAAGAAGAAACUAUCAUUUAAAGAUUAAUUAACAUAUUUAUAUAGCCUAUGUAAAUUACUUGAUAUAACAACAUUUUAUUUCGUUUCAUCUAAGUAUUAGGUACUGAU